GAAGUGGAAAGCCCAGAGAGGCUCUCUCCCUCCCUUCUGGGCAGAGGGACACAGGGGCCGGGGCACAGGCUGACACGGGACUUUGGCUCUGCAGGUGGAGACUGCCAUGGCACCCUGGCUGACGCCUCUAGCCCUCCUGUGCCUCAUCUUAGCGGCCCAGACCGAUAAGGCGCAGGAUGGGCCAAAACCUAAUCAGCUCCACCGGCAAGCUAAGGAUGAGGCCGCGCACUCUUCGAGCCUCUGGGAUGGAGAGAAAGAAUCCUCUCCAGCUGAGAUUGUCAUUUCUGCUCCGGAAGUGUCAAUAGGCAGAGAAAAGGGGAAAUCGUCUGCCCAGCAGCCAGGGCAAGAACCAGAGACCCAGAAGAGAGGGCAAGAGAAAGUCAAUGAGACCAAGUCUUUGGAGCAGGAGGUGGUCCAUCCUCAGUUCCCGCCAACCCUCUCCACAAAGGAGCCUACCGGCGUACUUAAAGGGCACCCGCGGGCCACAUCUGAGCCAGUCCCUGUAAACCCUACAGAAAUGCCCACCCAAGCCCCCACGGAACCACCCUCCACCUGCCCGGAGCCUGCCACCGUCUGCUCCGAGCCCUCCAAGGACAACAGGUCGGUGGCCGAGUUGGGCGAGGCGCUGACGAAAUUCUCCCUGAAGCUGUACCAGGCAUUCUCAGAUGUGAAGAAGAAGGAAACCAACCUGGUCUUCUCGCCACUCAGCCUCUUCAGCCUCCUCGCCCACAUCCUGCUGGGAACUGGAGGUGACACCAAGAGUAAUCUGGAGGCCCUCCUCUCUUCCCCCGAAGACUCUGCCUGCAUUCACAGUGGCUUGAAGGAAUUCGAAUCCAAGGCCUUCACCAGCUUCUCCCAAAUCUUCCACAGUAAAGACUUGGCCCUGAAGGAAUCAUUCGUGAAGGCCUCCAGGAGCCUGUAUGGCAUCAUCCCCCAGGCCCUGGGCAAUGACAGCAACACCAACCUCCAGCUCAUCAACGAGUGGGUGGCGAAUCACACCGAUAACCGUAUCACCCAUCUGGUGGACUCCCUGCCGCCCGAACUGCGUCUCGUUCUGCUCAAUGUCAUCUAUCUCAAUGCCAAGUGGAAGACAACGUUCAAUCCCCAGUUCACCUCCAGGGAGAAUUUUUACCUCAAAACUUCCAAGGUAAAGGUGCUGAUGAUGCACAGCAAGAAGUACCCUGUGGCCCAGAUCAUCGAACCUACCCUGAAGGCCAAGGUCGGAAAGCUGCAACUGACGGACGGGCUGAGCCUGGUGAUCGUUCUGCCCCAGCACGUCAACCACCAGCUCUCCGAGGUGGAGCUGAAACUCAACACCCCCUUGUUCAGAGCCAUGAUGGACAAGCUAGAGGCCACCAGAUUCAAACCCACCAUCGUGAACAUACCGCGAAUCAAAGUGUCCACCAAGCAGGACCUGCAGGAGAUCUGGGAGAAAAUGCAAUUCUUCGACUUCUCCUACGACACCAACCUGUGUGGGCUGACGGCGGAUCCGGAGGUGGAGGUGUCCGCCGCCCAUCACCAGGCCGUGCUGGAGCUGACGGAGACCGGGGUGGUGGCAGCGGCCGCCUCGACCAUCUCUCUGGCUCGCUCCAUGUCCGUCUUCGAGGUGAACCAGCCUUUCCUCUUCCUGCUCUGGGACCAGCGACACAAGUUCCCCGUCUUCAUGGGACGAGUGUACAACCCCGCCGCCUGAACCGCUGGGAUUGGAAGCUCCGGGCUUAUCCAAGACCCCGAUCCUUUUCCUGACCCUUGUUCUCCCCGUCCCCAGACUUCAAUUUCCUGCCUUGGAAUCUCCUUCCUUCUCCCCCUCUCCUGUUUUCCUGAGGGUCUCCCUCCCGUGACCGAGGAAGGGGUCGAUCUUUGUCCGGGAUUCUCCUUCAUCCUCUCCGGGAGGGGCACGGCUUCCCGGGUGGUAUGGGUGGCAACGUGGGUCAGGCCAGUGGUCCGUCCAGCUUGCUUUCCUGGAGCGAUGCUUGCCCUCCUUGUGAUAAAGGAUAUACCACCCCACAUCCCUCAUUUCUCCCUCUAAUAAAUCCUCAUUUCUCCCUCUAAUAAAUCCUUACAGUACUAGCACCUAUCCGUUCACCUACUGAUGCGUUCUCUCCUUCUCAUCAAUAAACCUGGCAGACAGUG